AUGGACAACAACAGCUCCACCCCACUCCGCUCCCCAAAGAAGGAGGAUGACGAGACACGUGGUGUGGAGCGAAAAAUGGGACGAGCAAGGUUGACGAUUGGAGCAUUUCUUUGUUUCUUGGUGGGCACUCUCUUUCAAAACACGCAAGUGACGUCUGUCUUUAAUCCAAGGAACAGCCAUGAUCAGGACACGGAAACCACCAUCGACGAGCAGCUGUCCAAGCUUCAGGCAGAGUCACGGCGAUCACUGGAAGAACACACAAAGCUGCAGGAAAAAGAUUUUGUUCAGCUGAAACAUCACAUGAAACUGCAACUUGGUAAUGUCUCGCAUGCAUCCGAGCAGGCGGCACUGUCAUGGGAAGAACGAUACUCCAAACUGCAACAAUCCCUGGACUCCAUGAAGAAGCAACAUGACAAGGAAAUGGCAGCAUUGAAAGAAGAGCUAAAGAACUCUGCUAAUAGGGAGCAAUUAAAACUGAAGCCACAAUCUGCAGCAUUCAAGACAAGAACAACAACAACAGGAUGGUCCCAACAACUGUCCAAUAUUGAUCAUCAUGCAACAUUGAAAACCUAUCCGACGACAUCACCAUAUGCCUAUGUGUUGAUGUGUUGGUCCGUAAAUCCAAGAAAGUCUUACUCGUACAGGGGCUAUAUUGCAAACAUGGCCAUCACAGCAAAAAUACUGCGGACCCAUGGCUCCACUGCCGAUAUUGUGGCUGUUUUCCGGCUGGAUAAUUCUGUCAUCCAUGAAACCCUCCCACAGGAAGAUGAAAAUUUGUUGCGUGCCAUGAACAUUUCCAUCCGCUACUUGCCACAAGAAACACCCGAUUUCAGCCGGAGGCGGUACAGCAUGUUCUUUCACAAAUUCUAUGCCUUUGGCAUGACAGAAUACAGAAGAGUCUUCUUUCUGGAUGGCGAUAUCAUGCCCAUGACCAAUUUGGAUUACAUGUUUCAACUUUCGGAUGAUGAUGGCCCCAAUGCCAUGUUCAAACCAAAUGUGAUUAUAGCGGGUAUCAUGGAGCCUUGCAAUACUGGUUUCUUUAUUGUGGAACCUACCAAGGAAGCAUACAAUCAUGCACAGAACUUGAUUCGGGCCAACUGGGCAACAGCUGGACUUUUGAAAGAAUUUGAUAUGCAGAAUGGCUGGGGACAUCCAUUUGUGAAUGGAGACCAUUGGGAAAACAACCUUGAAACUGGUGUAAAGUGGGAUUUCAUGAAUGGAUGGUCGGAUCAAGGCCUCCACUACCACUUGACAAAAUAUGUGAUGCAAAAUGUGACACAAAUUUUCUCUCGCAAAAUCGUCAAUUGGGGGCGUGCCUCCAAUGGAUCAACCAUUGAAGAAAAGGUGAUUCCAGUUACAUCUCGACAGGAUAGUCCUCUCAGAAACUAUUCCACAUCACCCUACAAAAUUGAUCCAUGGUUCUGCAAGAAAUGGACUGGAUUUCAUGCUAAGGACAAAGAAAAAAUGCCCUGGCCAGGAUGUGUCCCGCCAUACUCAGACUUUGAUCACUACUCGGGGACCAGGAAAGUCUGGCACAUUCCUGUCCCAGACGAUGUUUGGGAUGACAUGCCAAACCAACCAAAAACAACAAUGCAUUUGUGGUACCAACUAUUAUACAAGCUCAAGGAAGAGGAUGGCUUGGACAUUCAGCCUCUUCUUCAAGCUAUUGAUAAGGCAGCGGAUUGGGACAAGAUACUGCUUGCAGGCCCUUCCAAAGCAUAG